UUUUUUUUUUUUGGAUAAAAUAAAAUUGUAGAUUAUUUACAUACGAAAUAUGCGACUCUUUUCUAUAUUUUUGAAUAGUAUUGUUGUUAUCAUUGGCACAGUGUGUGCUCAAGAAGAAACAUUGAUAACAGAUGGACCCUUAAACCCUCCUGGAGUGACGGGCAAUGUUCAUUAUGCAAAUUUAAUGAACGUUUCCUUAUGGUUUUAUGAAGCACAACGUAGUGGCAAACUGCCUUCUAAUAAUAGAGUUACCUGGCGAUCCAAUUCUGGUUUAUUAGAUGGACGUGAUAAUAACGUUGAUUUAACAGGUGGUUAUUAUGAUGCAGGAGAUUAUUUAAAAUUUUCUUUACCAUUGUCUUAUUCUUUAACCAUCGUUUCUUGGGGAGCGAUCACUUGGUUUGAUGGUUAUCAGAAAGCAAAUCAAGUGAAUUAUUUAUCAGAUAUGAUGAAAUGGGGUACUGAUUGGAUCUUGAAAGCGCAUCCUAAUGCAAAUACAUUUUAUGUCCAAGUAGGUGAUGGAAAUAUUGAUAAUAAUUAUUGGGGUCCUGAUACAAACAUUCCAACACCUCGACCGUCGUACCAAGUAAAUCGAACAGCGAUCGGCACAGACGCAGUUGCAAUCUCUGCUGCAGCCUUAGCAUCAGCCUCAUACUUAUUUAGAAAUUAUCUUAAUAAUACAGAUUAUGCAAGUACCUUGUUAUCUGGGGCUACCUCUCUUUUUAAUUUAGCAGAUACGGCUACGCCUCGUAAUGUCUAUACAAAUGCAAUUCCUGCUAUCUCUGAUUAUUAUGCUACAAAUAAUUAUACAAGUCAAUUAACCUUUGCUGCUCUUUGGAUGUAUAAAGCGACCGGCAAUGAUACUUAUCGUCUUAAGGCCUCUGAUUAUUUUGAUCAGUUUAAUCUAUCAAGGACUCCAGUUGGGAUUAUGGAUUGGAGUGAUCAAACAAACGGAGUCUAUGUGUUGGGUGCAGAGUUAGAUGCGAAUAAUACAAAAUAUGCAACAGCAGCCAAGAACAUGUUAGAGACAAUCAUUCGUGACGCAGGUCCAUCUCCCUCACCUUGUUCUUAUACAAAGGGAGGUCUCUUAUGGUGCGAUGGCUAUAGUGACGAAAAUUCCCUUGUCCCCGCUCAAGAUAUGGCUCUCUUGGCUCUACUCUAUAGUCGAUUACAUCCAUCUGAAGAAUAUACGAAAUUUGCUGAAAGACAGAUUGCUUAUCUUCUUGGUGAUAAUUUCAUGCUAACCCCUUAUGUCUGUGGUAUUCACAUGAAUUCGCCCCGUAACCCACAUCAUGCUGGUGCCUCGGGAGGUACAGACAUUAGUAACAUUAAUUCUUCUCCACCUGAGGAAAAAUAUAUCUUAUAUGGCGCCGUUGUGGGCGGUCCUGAUAAGGGAGAUCGAUUUUAUGAUAUACGUAAUGAUUAUGCUCAAACUGAGGUCGCACUUGAUUACAAUGCACCAUUUCAAGGUUUAAUCGCAUAUCAAUUAAGUGUCAAUGCAUCAGAUCCUCCUUAUGUAACCAUUACUCGACCCAGACCUUAUGUUCGUCCUGGCUUCAAGAUGCCUGGAUGGCUUAUUGCUGUCAUUGUUGUUUGUGUUGUCUUUGUCAUUGCUCUUACAAGUUAUAUUUGUUGGUGGAAACGUGGCUGUGGUCUCUUUAGUAAAAAGAAGAGAGGUUAUGAUAAAGCAGUUGCUGUAUAGUAUAAUACAUACAUGUAUAUUUAUAAGGAAAUAUAAUAGAAAAAAAAAAAAAAACUCAUUCCCC